CUCUCCUCCCCUCUAAAGCAACCAAAACCCAAUUUCACACUCAUACGUUAUUAAUACAUACAUUCAUACAUAUAUACAUACACUCAUUACUGUUGCAGGAUAUUUCCCCUUCAAUUUCGCGCCAUUUUCCAUUCCUUCUCUCACUUUCUUAAGUUUUUUUGGAGCUUCGAAUAAUGAUGGCGGUAGAGGAGGACGCGACGGAGAUAGCCUUCUUCGACGUGGAGACGACGAUCCCGACCCGACCCGGGCAGGGCUUCGCGCUCCUGGAGUUCGGAGGGAUACUGGUUUGCCCCAGGAAGCUCGUCGAGCUGGAAAGCUACUCCACCUUGGUCCGACCCGCUGAUCCCUCCCUCAUCACCACGCUCUCUGUUCGCUGCAAUGGCAUUACCAAAGACGCCGUCGCUUCUGCCCCUGCUUUCGCCGAUAUCGCCGACAAAGUUUACGAUUUCCUCCACGGGAGAAUAUGGGCUGGGCAUAAUAUACUGAAGUUUGAUUGUCCACGAAUUCGGGAAGCAUUUGCUGCUAUAGAUAGGCCAGCACCAGAGCCUAAGGGAACAAUGGACUCACUUGUGUUGUUGACUCAGAGGUUUGGCAGGAGAGCAGGUAACAUGAAGAUGGCCACUCUUGCUACGUAUUUUGGUCUUGGACAACAAACCCAUAGGAGCUUAGACGAUGUGCGGAUGAAUUUUGAAGUACUCAAGUGCUGUGCAACUGUCUUGUUUUUGGAAUCCAGCCUCCUUGAUAAUUCUCCAGAAAAUACUUGGGUUUCACCUAAUAGUACAUCAAGAAGUUGUAGCAAUGGCAAAGCUUCUCUGGAAGGAGCAGGCUUGAAUCCAAACACACCUUCUUCAAGUCGGAUGAUAGGAAAUGUUUCACCUAAUACUACAACAAGAAAUCAUAGCAAUGGCAAAGCUUCUCUGGGGGGAGCAGACUUGAAUGCAAGCACAUCUUCUUCGAGUCUGAUGAUAGAAAAUGGGAUCCCACCAAUGGAAACUCGCAGUACCAAAAACCGUAGAAUGUUAUCAUUCACGACUUUAGGCAGGAUUGAAGACCUUUCAGAUCAUGUUGAAUCUGUUGCUGCCAGGCCAGACCCUUUCAAUAUGGGCCCACUCAGUGAUGAAAUGGAAAAAGAAUUCCUAGAGUCAGAUGACAUGGAUGAAGAAGAAUCUGAUUCACCUUCACAUGUGUCUUCUACAGCAACUGAAAGUGUGGGUUCCAGUGGUUGCACCUUCUUAGAACCAGAUGAGAUCUCAAUGCCUUCUAUAUCUGUAGCCCUUGCCCCAUCCUCCUAUCCUGGAAUGCAAAAGAUAAAAAUAUUGCAUAAUCAUGCCGAGUUACAAAUUUGUUGUAAACGCAUGAAAGUGCGCUUUGGAAUUAGCACUAAAUUUCUUGGUCCUGCUGGCCGCCCAAGGUUGAGCUUUGUUGUGAAUGCAUCAGAAAGCCUAUGUCGGAUCCUGGAUGCGAUUGAUAAACACGCUCAUAGUCUAUCUGUGGAAUCUGGUAGCAGCUCUGAGUGGAGGCCUCUAGUAACCAGAAAGCCUGGUUUCAUGAAAUUCCCUACUAUCCGCUUUAACAUACCCACUGUAGUAAAUGGUGAUAGCGUGCACUGGGCUACAGAGAUAUAUCAGAAAGAAGCUUCAGACACGCAAAAGCUUGUAUUUAGCAGAUUUGAUGUUGAAGAACUGGAUGCCUUGAUCACUACAGGAACUUGUGUGGAUGCCUACAUCUCCUUGGAUGCAUAUGACUAUCAACAAAAUGCCGGUAUCCGAUUAGUGGCAAAUAAGUUGAUCCUGCAUUGCAACUGAGAGAUUAGGUGCACAAGAAGUUGAUCCUGCUGCAUGCCAGUUGAGAUAUUAGGUGCCCAAUUCACUUGAUUAUUGUAAUUUCUGAACUCAAAUAGGGUUGAUUCGUUGUUGUAAUUGAUUGACUAUAGCCAUGAUUUUUUUUUUUAAUUUUUAUUUGAUUAUCAAUGUAAUAAACAAGAAAGUCUGACUAUAGGUUGAUUGAUAUCACAUACUAAAGUUCAAAUGGUCAAAACUUCAUCCUUACUAAAAUAUUUUUAUUAGAGCUUAUUCCCCA